CCGCCGCCCCAUUGAGGGCCGCAGCCGUCCUUCGCGCUGCCCGGCGGCCAAUGCGGGGCGGUGCCGGCGGCGGCGGCGCUCCGCCCCGUCUCGGUGUGUGAGCCCUCGGUGAGGCGGCGGUCACGUGUUGUUUUGCUCUUUAGUUGGGGCACUCGGUGCGCGAUGUGUUACUUACGGCGAAACUCCCGCCGGCAGCACCAGCAGCAGCAGCGGUCGGGGAGCCUUAGCGGCGUCGCCGGUAGUCGAGCCGGGGAGGACGCCGGGCGGCCGCCAGCAGCACCCGCUGCCUAGAGUGACAGCGGAGGAUCCCGCUGCGGCUCCGAGCACUGCGCUCUUCUACGAAGGAAUAACUUUAUUUUACCUGCUUUCCUCCGUCUUUCCUUUUUUCUUUAUUUUUCUUUUUCCGCCGCGGCGCUCGGGCUCCGGAUCCGCUCAGCGUCGGCGACAGCAGCGAGAGGAGCCGGGCGGCGCUCCCGCCGCGGGGCUGGGGAUGGCGAGCUCUGCUGUGCUGGGGCUGCUGCCCCCCCUGAGCUCCCCGCCCGGCCCCAACCUGAACAACAACAACAACAACAACCAGGGCGUCAGGAAGUGCGGGUACCUGCGCAAGCAGAAGCACGGCCACAAGCGCUUCUUCGUGCUGCGCGGCCCCGGCGGCGGCGGGGAGGAGGCGGGGGGCGCCCGGCUGGAGUACUACGAAAGCGAAAAGAAAUGGAGGAACAAGUCUGGGGCGCCCAAGCGGGUGAUCGCCCUGGAUUCCUGCCUCAACAUCAACAAGCGGGCGGACGCCAAGCACAAGUACCUCAUCGCCCUCUACACCAAGGACGAGUACUUCGCUGUCGCGGCCGAGAACGAGCAGGAGCAGGAGGGCUGGUACAGGGCUCUCACCGACCUGCUCAACGAGGGCAAGGCGGCCUGCCAGGGGUCCCCCUACCGCCACCUCGCCUCCCCCUUCUCUGCCUCCUGCGGCGCGGCCGCCGCCUCCCUGGCCGCGGCCGGCGAAGACCUUAACUACGGGCUGAUCGCGCCGGCCACCGCUGCCUACCGAGAGGUCUGGCAGGUGACGCUGAAGCCCAAGGGCUUGGGUCAGAGUAAAAACCUCACCGGCGUCCACCGGCUCUGCCUCUCGGCCCGCACCAUUGGGUUCGUGCGCCUCAAUUGCGAGCUGCCCUCGGUCACGCUGCAGCUGAUGAACAUCCGCCGCUGCGGCCACUCCGACAGCUUCUUCUUCAUCGAGGUGGGGCGCUCGGCCGCCACCGGCCCCGGCGAGCUCUGGAUGCAAGCGGACGACUCGGUGGUGGCCCAGAACAUCCACGAGACCAUCCUGGAAGCCAUGAAGGCGCUGAAGGAGCUGUCCGAGUUCCGGCCCCGCAGCAAGAGCCAGUCCUCCUCCUCCUCUUCCUCCGGGGGGGCCGGAGGGCCCGGCGGCAGCGGCGCCUCCGCCACCCAUCCCAUCACCGUGCCCGGUCGCCGGCACCACCACCUGGUCAACCUGCCUCCCAGCCAGACCGGCCUCCUCCGCCGUUCCCGCACCGACAGCCUCGCCGCCGGCGCCAGCACCAAGUGCACACCGUGCCGGGUGAGAACGGCCAGCGAGGGCGACGGCUGCCGGGUGGGCUCUGCGGCCGGCAGCCCUAUGAGCCCGGGCCCUGUGCGGACCCCCCUGAGCCGCUCGCACACGCUCAGCGGCGGCGGAGGGCGGCAGGCAGGGAAGCUGCUCCCGGUGCUGGCCGGCGGUGGCGGCGGCGGGCUGCAGAGCAGCCGUUCCAUGUCCAUGCCCGCCUCCCACUCUCCCCCCUCCGCCACCAGCCCCAUCAGCCUCUCCUCCAGUAGCGGCCUCGGCUCCGAGCCUGCCCACCCGCAUCACCCGCAGCGCCCGUCCAGCGGCAGCGCCUCCGUGUCCGGCUCCCCCAGCGACGCCGGCUUUAUGUCCUUCGACGAGUACGGCUCCAGCCCAGGCGGCGACCUCCGGCCCUUCUCCUCCUCUUCCACUGCCAGCAACCGCAGCAACACCCCCGAGUCGGUGGCCGAAACCCCCCCGGUGCGGGACCCGGGGGGCGGCACUGACCUCUACGGCUACAUGGCCAUGGAGCGGCCCCCGAGUGGCCGCUUCUGCUACCGGCCCUGCCCCGACGCUGCCAGCGACAGGUGCCAUCGGAAGCGGACCUACUCCCUGACCACGCCGUGCCGGCAGCGACCCGCCGCGCCGCAGGUUUCCUCCGCCUCCCUCGACGAGUACACGCUGAUGCGCGCCACCUUCGCCGGCAGCGCCGGCCGCCUCUUCUCCUCCUGCCAAGCCGGAGCUUCACCCAAAGUGACCUACACCCCCUAUCCGGAGGACUACGGGGACAUCGAGAUCGGUUCUCACCGCAGCUCCGGCAGCAGCAGCACCAAUCUGGGCCCGCCGGCAGUGGGGGGAGGAGGGGAAGAUGAUGACGGCUACAUGCCCAUGACCCCCGGUGUGGCCGCAGCCUUAGGGCAGGGAAGCCGGGGCAGCGAUGAUUACAUGCCCAUGAGCCCCACCAGCGUGUCUGCCCCCAAGCAGAUCCUGCAGCCCCGGGCAGGGGUGGGUAGCGGGUCCCCGGGGAACGGGAGCAGCUACAAGACCAGCUCGCCUGGGGAGAGCUCCCCUGACGAUAGCGGGUACAUGCGGAUGUGGUGCGGCUCCAAGUUGUCCAUGGAGAGCUCAGAUGGAAGGCUGAGUAACGGUGACUAUAUCAAUAUGUCCCCUCGGGACCCCCAGAAUGGGCCCCAAGCUCCCUCCCUCACCCCCCCAGACUUCUUUUUUGCCCCUUCAGGGCAUGGGUCCAGUGAGCCCCCAAAGCCCAGCUGCUAUUCAUACAGCUCCUUACCCCGCUCCUACAAGAGUCAGGGCUUGGCAAAGGACAGCGACCAGUAUGUCUUCAUGAACUCCCCGGGGAGGAUGAUCCCGGAGGAGGCGGUGUGUGGAGCGAGCCAGUUGCCUGCAGGCACCCUCGCCCCCUCCAGCCACACGGUGCCUUCGCCCCUGCGGCACAGCCGGACCGAGAGCUUCCUUAGCCAGCGCUGCCAGCGGGUGGCCCGGCCCAGCCGCCUCUCUUUGGAGACCUUGCGGACGAUGCUGCCCAGCAUGAAUGAGCACCCUCUGCCGCCUGAGCCCAAGAGCCCCGGUGAAUACAUCAACAUUGACUUCGGGGAUGCUGCCGUCUAUUCUCCCCCCUCACUGCCUGCUGACAGCCCAGCCUCCUCCCUGGGCUCGGGCACGGGGCAGAGGCGCUCCCCUCUCUCUGACUACAUGAACAUUGACUUCGGGUCACAGUCACCUUCCCAGUCGGGCACGGUCUCGGUGGGCUCCUUGGAAGCUCUCUCUCCAGGUUCUUCCUCCAGCACCAGCCAGCCCAAUGGGCACUACCUGAAGACGGCUGUGGGGAUGGCUUGUUCAUCCAGCCCAUCGGAUGCUGGUGAUUACACCGAGAUGACCUUUGGAAUGGCCACUACCCCACCUCAACCCAUUGUUCAGAAACCAGAAAGUGCCCGGGUUACCAGCCCCACAUCUGGUGUGAAGAGGCUCACCCUCUCUGGGGUGGAGGCUUUCAUUCUCUCCAGCCCUCCCCCAGACCCGAAUCGGGGGGCCAAAGUAAUCCGGGCAGAUCCCCAGGGGCGGAGGAGGCACAGUUCAGAAACUUUCUCCUCCACCACCACUGUGACCCCAGUGUCCCCCUCCUUCGCACACAACCCCAAACGACACAACUCUGCCUCGGUGGAGAAUGUGUCCCUCAGGAAAAGUGAAGGCCUGGAGGAGGAGCAGGGUAGCAGUCCCAUGUGCCGGGAGACCUCGGCUGGCUUCCAGAAUGGCCUCAACUACAUCGCCAUUGAUGUUGUGGAUGGGUCCUUGGCAAACUGUGACAAAUCCCGGUUGAAAGCUAGGCACCUCCUGAAUGGGGGCAUCAAUGGAGUAGAGAUGAGCACCUAUGCCAGCAUAGACUUUCUGUCUCACAACCUGAAAGAAGCCAGUGCUGUGAAAGGAAGUACAGGAAGAUGGAAAAGAUGAGAGAUCCCACCGUUUGCAAAACAAGCUUUGAACCUAAUUAAGACGAGAGGAUUGUUGCAUGCAAUGUCAGAGUUUGAAAAGAUGAAGGCUUAUUCUGAAUGACUGGAAAGGUUGAGGGCCAAGCCUUAUGUGUCUCUUGUUUAGUUUUGCUCAGUCGCUUUCAGGAUCCGGUGCGGAUGCUGCAGCCCCGCUCUCCUUGCCCGGCCUUGGGGUGUCCGUCCCGGGCGCCAGCAGACCAUCACGCCCCUUUUGCUUUGCAAAACGGAUUUAUUCGGAAACGAGGAGCUCGUCUCGAGCCACCUACAGCACCGAUUGCAGAUGAAGCCUGGUGUUGGGAAAGAGCUAUUUCCACAGCAUUCCCAAACUGCUGACCCUGAGGGGGGCGGGGGGCGGCACCGGGUACCGGGAAAACCCGGCGCGGCAGGCGGCACGCGGGAAUGGGAGCGGCGGGCGGCCCGAUAAGGAGAGGGAAGCGACCGCCGUCCUUCCAUCCUGUAAACAAAAGGAUAAUGCAGGGGACGCAGCCGUGCAAUGUGCUACGCGGCUUGCAGCGGAGAGGGCUCGGUGCUGCUGCUGCGUGUGUUUGUCCAAGGACGGUUAUAGGCUUGUCUUUAUUUUAAUAUUUAAUCUGCACGUGUGUUUGUUUUUCCUCUUUCCCGUAAGCUUCUAAACGCAGACCACAUGGAGGAGUGGUGCGGGGAGGCUCCUUGGGAUUGACCCUAUCCCUAGGAGGUGGGCUGUCUUCUCCAGCACCUCGCUUCCCUGAGAAGGGUGCCAGCCUGUAGGGUGCACUCAGAGGUACGGGAUGCAGGGAUGGAUGGAUGGAUGGAACCAGAGUCAGGUCAAGGUAGUAAGGAAGAACCUCACACCACCAGCAUCCUCAGCCAGCAGUGGGUUGGGUACCAAAAACGGGGCAUCAGGUUAAUUGCACUUGUGGCAGCCAAUCUGGGAAAGUCACAGCGUGGGGAAGGAGAAAUACAUCAUAAAGGACUUCACUGGUGUAAGUUUAAUCAAAUAAUAAACUUCUGCAGAUUUCCUAGUUUCCCUUUGGGAUUUCAUACUAAAGUUUGUUUGUGGAAGGUCUUCUGCCAGUGCUUAAAAAGGUCACCCAGAAUUUUGGUAAUGUAUUUGAGUUUCAAACAUUGUGAUUUGGGAGACUACUAAGAAUUUUGUUUUACUGAGAAACAUAUUCUGUUUAAAGAAAACUGUAUUUUGCACAUAGAAAAGAUUAUUUCAACAGUAGUAACAGUAGAUUUGAAAAAAUAUGAAUUUUUAAACAUUACUGAUUGCAGAAGAGAGAGAGAGCCUAUAUAAUCAGCAUUGUUUGUUUAGUUUGCACUUUUUUCAAACUUUGUUUUUAACUACAUUUAAAAAAUGAGAAGUUUUACUUCAAGUGUGGUUUGCAGUAAUUUUGAAAUGAUGAAGAAUCUACUUCUGUUUAAUAUUUACAACAGAAGACUGAGAUAGAGUAUACAAACAAGCUCCUUGCAAUUACCUUCUCAGAAAAUUAAUAUUUUGAUUUGUGCAAAAUACAUGUUAAAGAUCAGUUUGACUUCUCCUUUAAGGUCUGUUGCAGUAGUUAUAUUUCCAUGUGGAUAAGUGCUUUAAGGAAAAUUAUUUGUAUAAUUUAAAGGUGGCUAGCUUCCAUGUGUAGUGUAUAUCUCUGCUAUGCCUCUACUGUAGAGAGUGCUUUGCUUUUGGAAAUCUCUGUCCAUAUUAUCCUGUCACGGCAAGAGCAAGAAGUGCAUCCACAGCUGCUGUCAAAACAGAACAGUUGAAAUGUUGCUUGAAAUUAUCACUUCAUUUAGUUCUACUGUGUUCUAAAAAUGUGCAAAUAUUUAGGAGUUGGAGAAACAAUUGCCUUCAUCUGAUAUGUAAAUAAAAUAAUACUGUUAUUGGUGGGUUAAAACUUGUUACUUGCUAAUAACUAGCCUUUGUUCUUAAACUAUGACUGCUUUUUUGCUUAGAAACAUGGACUGUGUAUGAUUUCAUUAUUUAUGGAGAUGUUUACACCCAUUUUUCUUAUGAAGUGUGAAUUACUUAUUCCACUAUGUUUAUGACAGAUUACAAUCAACAAUUAAGUGACUUUUUAUGGUGGAUCUUAGUUCUGAAGUCAAAGUUGAAGUCAGAUAGGAGUUUUGUUUCUGUCUCAGUGGGGUUAAGAUUUUAUCCUUUGUAUUAAUCCUGGAAUUCUCAAUUAAGAUGACCAUUACAUUUAGUUGGUGUAUAAUAGAGAAUUUUUCCUUAAUCUAAGUCACCAGAGUGGGUUAUCUUUAAUUUUGAUUUCUUUUCCAUUCACAGAGUGCUCUGUAGUUUCAACUUGUAGAUGUUUCUAGUAGUUGGACUAGUUUUCUAAAAUUGAGCAGAUACUAUAUGUAAUAAUACAAAAAACCUUGAGGGUUCUUUCUCUCCUCUGUCAGCUUCUUUUGCCUUGAUUUGUUUGAAGAAGUCAUCAUCUGUAAUGCAUCUGCUUAAAAUUGUUAAUAAGGUGAUUUUUGAUAAUAAUGAUCCUCCUCUUGCACUCGCCUUGUCAAUUAGCUUUUAGUUUUGUGAGGGUUUUAUGGUUGCACCUAAACAAUAAAAAAGCCUACCUUAAGAAAUCUCUUUCUCUUUCUUUCUAAUGGCAUUUUAGAUUGUGGAAAAACAUAAACUUUGAUUCCUUUUUCUUUGGGAUUACUUUACACAAUGACUUGUAUUAUUAAGUUGUUUUUUUUGACCUCCAUAUGCCAACUGCCAAAAAGUUUUGGUUCUCAGAGCAACAUGAGAAUGUUUGUCUCUUUAACAAAAUUAAUGCUCAUUUUAAAAUGACUUCUUAAAAGUAUUAAAAGAACUAUAUGCUGUGUUAGAAAUAUAUACACAUUUUAAAGUCUUUUUUGAAUAAAUCCAUUGUAGUAGUUUCUCUUACUGCUAACUUCUGUAAGAACAUCUAACUAACUAAAGAACUGAGCAACUUUUAAUAACUUACAUAGCUUGAGUUUUUAACUCGCACUUAGAAUUAAAAAGUUGAGGUUUUCUUUUAAACAUGUUGCAAUUCAUUUACUGUCUUUCAGAUGACACUUUGCAGGUGACCAAACCAAAAUGGUUAGAUCUGAACCUAGCAGUGCCAUUCAUGAAAAAAAACGUAAACUGAAAUUACCUAGUAUUAAAUGAAGCUUCUAAUAUUUUAAAUUAUGUUGGUUAUAUGGGUGUCAGCUUGUUACAUGCAGAUAGAAUAUCACAAAAUCUAUUAGACUUUUUUUUUGCUUUAUACUUUAAUUUGUUUAGCUGUACUGCUCAUAGGAAGAAUGUCAUGGUUACUUUCAGUCAUUUAAGAUAAAUUGUUAUAGACCAAAUUGAAUGGUGGGUUUGUUCUAAAGUGAACCAGUACAGUCAUUGCUCAAGGCAGAGGAAAUGCUUAGGUUGAUGAUUGCUUCUGAUUACUUGAUUUCUUUCAAGAUAGCUACAGAGACUAACAUUCGUUUGUAAGUAAGAAUAAAGGAGUGUUUGAGUAGAAAGAGUAUUAGGGCAUGUUUUAUAUGGUGGGGUUGGUUUGUUUUUGUUGGGUUUUUUUGGGUUUUUUUAAAGAGAGAUUAACAUGGGUUUCUUUACACUAGAUUUAUUCUUGCUUUGUAUAGUGUUAAUUACACUGGAAUGCUGAAGUGGUUUAUAAGCUGAAACAUAGCAAGCAUCCACUGAAAAAUGGCUGUAUAAUUACAUCUAGGUAUUUCUAUCUAUAAGUUUUUCUCUAAAAGCACCAUUAAUAUGUUUCUUUUUGGAGUAAUAAACAUCUAAAAAAUGGUUACAUCUGUGGUUUUUUUCUUCUGAAUUUGUUGAAAUAUACUAUACAUUUUAUACUGGUUGUCGAUAUGUUUUCGUGUGUCUGUGUUCAUUGUGUUAGUCAUGAUACAGCAAAUUUUGUGGAAAUUUUAACGUUAAGUUGAUACACAAUGUGUAAUAGCAAUUUAAAGUGUAUAUGUUGACUGGUAAAUUGUUGGUUGGUAAAUUAGGAUGUGUAAUUAUGAAAGUUUCACAACUCUGGGUUUUUUUUGUAGUUUCUUACAAUGUUUGCUUAGAAGUGAUCUGUCUAUUCAUGGAAAUCAGUAUUAUCCCUGGAGUUUUAAGAAGAUGGUGUAGUGACCUCCAAAGUUCAGAUAUGUUUUCUUUGUGUCUGUUGUCUGGCAUGUAGUUAUUUUUAAAGUUUUGUGUGUAUAUAUGUAGGGGGUCAGGAGUGGCAGCUUUGAAAAGCCAAGUUCAGCUCAAUAGUCCCGUUGUUGUUGGUUGUUGAAAACGCUGUCUCUCCUGCAGCAGAGUUUUCAAAGGAAAACUUGUUUGUUUGUUUUGUUGUUGUUUUGUGGUUUUUUUACACUUGUGUUUGUGUCAGCUGCCUUUAGCUAUCAAACAAGGGGGCUUCUUGGAUUAGUCAGCGUGCCCUGGCUCUGGAGAGGCAGCUGCAAUAAACAGAACCAGCAAAGGUGAUUCCCAUUGUCUUUUAAAUGCAAGUUAAAAAGUAGCAUGCAUUUUCCCCUUCAUCUCUGUCAAUUUUGGAGGAAGCCAGGAUUACUGGUUUAGAUUGCAUUUGUAGUUUCCACACUAAUACAUGUAGAAUGAAUUCCUCAGUUGUAGGGUUUGUAGUUAACACAAGCUUUUAAAACUUGGGUUUUACAAGCCUGAUGCAAACCACAGAAAAGUCAAUGCAAAGAUUGCUUACAUCUUUACAGAGGGUCAGUUGAAAGUCUUUCUUGGUGUGUUAAAUUGCUAACACAUCCAGUGACAUUUGAGGCUGGCUCCGCAGUAGGUUGUAAUCUCUGUGUAGCCAAAUAAGCAGUAAUGAGUAACUUUUCUGAAGAAUAGGUGGGUGCCUGCAUAAUUCCAUGGAGUUACGCUAUUGCUUGGUAGCUCAGGUGACAAAUUGGAUACUAAACUGGUACUGUUUAGGCAAGAUUUUCAAUCUGAAUUUGAGAAAUCCCUUUAGAAAUUAAUUUAAAAGACCAAGACAACACUUGGAGUUCUGUUACUUUUUUUGCUUUUAAAAGUACUUUAAAACAGUCUCAAUUAUUUUUAUCAGUUAUGAUGACCCCAAAUUGUGUAUAGAUAUAUCAAAAACAGUAAUUUAAAAAAAUCAAGUUCUUGCUCACACUGCAGGCAAAUACUCUCUGGAAAGAGGCUUGUUAAAAGUGAACAGUGGGGAGAACAUAUUUGAUGCUAGGGGUGGUUUUUUUUGUUUGUUUAUUUUCAAAUCCAGAAUUGCCCACCUCCGUUAAAAGAAAAGUUAUUUCAGAGUGUGUUUUUAUCUCAGUAAAUCAAUCACAAAAAUAAUGAGGAAAAAACUAUGCAAGCCACAAACCGAAGCCCCCCACUUCUGAAUGGUGACAUCUACACUGCAGAAGUGUAGUGCAAUAGCUUUAUUGCAUAGAUUAGGAAUGAUUCGGUGUUUUGUUUACAUUAUUUGUCAAUCUCUUCAGCAUCCUAGAGGAGAACACUUCCUUCCUGGCAGAUGGCAGCCCCAGGGCCAUGCACCUGCCAUUACAAGCACUACACAGUAGUAAUCUACCCCAGCAUCGCUGUUGACAAGAGGCUAAUGAUUUGAGACCGUCUGCCUGACAGCGUAAACAAAAUAGGAGCAUAUUUGUCCUUCAGUGAGGGUCUGAGAGAUAGUAGGUAGGACAGUCAGGACAGUAUGAUGAAGAACUACAAUGGGACUUAGUUUAGAUCUCUUUGGUAGAGUUUGUAGCAUGAGCCACUUGUAAGAUAAUGAUGCUUCAAAAAGCAAACGGUGUCUCAGGGAAGGGAUUUUCUGUUUCUCUGGCAGAGCAGUGUGACGUGUGUUGAUGGCUGUGUUGAUGGGAGGAAGGCUGGCGUGAUUGCGCGGGCUGUGCGCUGGCUCCGCGACGCUCUCUGCCCCCGCCGCGAACAGGGAGCUGCAUGCACUGCCUGGUACAUGGGGCUGUGAGCGCUCUUGGGAAGUCAGAAUGUCUCUUUGAGUGGUGUGUUCGGUGUUUGCAUAAUGCAUUCCUAUUUCAGUAAUUUCAUUUGUCAUUUUUUGUGUUUUCAUGAUGACAUUAGACAGUCUCUUUUAUUAUUUGUUCAUUUCUCUUACGCCUAUGUGUGCGUUUGCUUUUCUUCUUUGGAACUAGUGUGGGCGAUGUUUCUAGGGGACACUACCCAAGGCAAGGGUAUCUUUGAACUAGGCCAGGAUGUUCUUUGCUAAAUUUAAAAACUACCCAAAUAUUACCCAGAGUUUGUAGGGUAUUAAGCAGGAUUACAUGACGCACGGAUUAGACAUUGUUGAGCAGCUUGUUUUUGUUUGAAGGGGUCAGAAAUGGAGGCACUGGAGCUCUAGUCUGAUGCCAAAAUAGCAAACUUGCUGAUAAUCAUGAACAGCAGAAGUUUCUUAGAAAUAGUAGAGCACUUCGCAGAAUUUUCCAAGCUUUCUCCAAGUGAUGCUUUAGUAAAAUUUGUUUGAUAUGUGCUGUGAUACAAAACUCACUGUUCUGUUGAGUUUCAGUUUCCAAAUCUGUUUCACAGGUACUUUAAAGUAGACUAAGAACACUGUUGGAAGUGCAACUCGAGGCAGAGGACUUUGAUUCUCUUCAGUCAAAAACAAAUCAAUAAAUCAUUCCAGUAACAGUGGGAAAAUCAUGUCAAUGAAAUAAGAUCUAAGCUGGCUUUGAUUAGUCUCUUACAUAGUGUCGACUGAGGCAGUAUAUUAUUUUAAAAAGUGUUUAUGACAGUCAUGUCUACCUCAUUAAAUUGGGUGGCAUUGUCAAGUUCAGGUGGGGAAUUGGAAUUACGAAGACUUUUCUAUUUUGGGUUGGGUUGGUUUGUUGGUGUUUGCUUCUUUUUUUUUUUUUUUUGUUUGCUUGUUUGUGAUGUUUUUUCUUUGUUUGGUUUGGUUUUGCUUUGAAUCUAGACUUUAUCUCACCAGAAGUCAAGAUACGAUUGAACAAGGCAUAGUCUUUCAGGGCCAGGCUAGGCUUAACUCUUAUGUAGAAGUCAGUGAUGUUGAAUAGUUGCUCAAGAACAAGAAAACAAUAAUGUUUUUUGUGUAGUCUGCCUUCAGACAGAGAUCAUUUAGGCUAUAGAAACUUACUGGCAAUAACUGGCAAUGUUACAUUUUAGCAUUAAUUAAAAGAAUAAGAGUAGAAUUGACAAAUGGAUGCAAACCUCACCAGUUUUCUAGUUAAGGCAAAACUUUUACAUUGCCAAAUUGACGGCUUCAAAUACUGUGGUCUCUCCCAAGCUUGAAUUACUGAGAAGUUAGGGAGUGAAUUUCUUAAGCAGUCCUUUUGCUAGUUCCCCUGGUAGUGUUUUUUUUCAAAAACUCCAGUGAGGUUUUUUUUAGUUUACUUGAAAAGGCAAAUCAAAGUCGGGGGAUGUGUCUAACCAAAAUUUUUACUUAUACAUAAAAAAUACUUCUUGUGAUGGAAUAAUGAGAUUUGGAGCUGGAAGGUGGAGGUAGAGUUCUCCUGAAAGUCAGUUGCACUCAGUUGUGUUGUAACAUCAUUCAUUUUUACACCAAAUGUUUUAUAAACAUUUGGUAAAGUUCAUAGGCGGCUGGACUUGCAUCUUCUACAACAGCUUUCAUUCCUGAGCAAUUAGUUCAGCCAAAAUUAAUGAAAUAGAACUAUAAUAAUCUCUUAUGUGUCUUUUUAGCAUA